GUUUUUAUUUUUAUUUUAUUGUUCUUUAAACAGUCGGUAUACGACGAAACAGCUGAUCUGUCUUCGCCGCUCAGCAGCACAUGUUUGCGCCGCAAAGUGUCGUAGCUUUAUUGUCGUUUAUAUUUGUUGAAAGUAAUGAAGUUUGUGAUAGUUUAAACGCGCAAAGAUAAAUUCCGGCUGAUUUUAGGCCCAUUUUCGGCACUCAGGAUAUCGUAUAUACAUCUCACAGUUAAAAUAUAUAAUCCCUUGGCCUUUAUACGUCCCGGAAAAAUGGCUGACCGCGAUAGCGCAUCUGAAAGCGACUCUAGCUCAAUUGAUGGAGGACCGAUAAUGAUGCCCCCCUCACCUGUUACAAGAGAACAACUUCAAAAAAGGAUCGAGUCUCUUCAGCAGCACAAUAGAGUUCUCAAAGUUGAACUUGAAACUUACAAGCUAAGGGUAAAGGCUCUCCAGGACGAGAACCGCAGCCUUCGUCAGGCGUCUGUCAUAAUCCAAGCAAAAGCUGAGCAGGAAGAGGAAUUCAUCAGCAAUACGUUACUGAAGAAGAUUCAAGCUUUGAAAAAGGAAAAAGAAACUUUGGCUCAUCAUUACGAGCAAGAAGAAGAAUGUCUGACGAACGAUUUAUCUCGAAAAUUGAAUCAACUCCGUCAAGAGAAGUGCCGUUUGGAGCAAACGUUGGAACAGGAACAAGAAUGUCUAGUGAACAAAUUGAUGCGAAAAAUCGAAAAACUGGAGGCUGAGACUCUAGCCAAGCAGAGUAACUUGGAACAGUUGCGCAGGGAAAAAGUGGAGUUGGAAAAUACUUUGGAACAGGAACAAGAGGCCUUAGUUAACAAAUUAUGGAAACGAAUGGACAAACUCGAAGCCGAAAAAAGGAUGCUGCAAAUCAAAUUGGAUCAACCGGUAUCGGAUCCAACUUCUCCCAGGGACAUCAACAAUGGUGAUACUGCCACCAAUUUGAGCACACAUAUUCAGACAUUGAGGAGCGAAGUUGCUAGAUUAAGACACACUCUUCUAAUAUCGCAACAAGAACAUACAGAAAAAAUGAAGCGCUACGUAAAUGAAGAAAAACAAGUUCGCGAAGAGAACCUGAGGCUCCAAAGGAAACUGCAAUUAGAGGUGGAAAGACGCGAAGCUCUUUGCAGACAUCUUUCAGAGUCCGAGUCGAGCCUUGAAAUGGAAGAAGAACGUCAUUAUAACGAGAUAGUAAUGUCUGGUGGCAAUAUUAGAAAUCGCACCGUGUCUAGUCCUGUACCGUACAAUCCUUCGCCCAGUUCUUCUCGUCCUCUUAGCCCAGGUAUCAACAUUGUUGGAUCGACUUCUCGGGACAGUUUCAAUGCGAGUCGCUGCUAUGCCUGCGGACAGCUGACCGCUUUGCCUUUCGCUAGUUCAUCCCCACCCCCCGCGGGGCACAUUGUUGCACCGACUGGUAGACGUACGUCGGAUCGGUUUGUGAAACCUGCAAUACCACCGACAAUCAUAAACACCGGUGGUAAUCCGAUUCCAUGCCCAGCUACGAACACAUCCGUGGGAUCACCUAUGGAUAUUUCGAAGACAUAAAUCGAACCAUCUUCAUCCGUCAGUCCUAUUAUUAUUUUUUAAUCUGUUACCUAAUACGGAGUGUUUCUAUUAACUAUUACCAGAAAACAGCAGCAUCCAUAAAAUUACUUUAUAGCCUGAACCUGGACGAUGGUUACUAUUUGCAUGUUUUUUUCUAUCUUCACUCUCAGUAGCGGAUAUACAUACAUCAAGAGAAAAUCAUAAUGUCGUCAUUUAUUUCUCGGUGCAACUUUAUCCGUGUAAUUAAUGUGAUUUCAUGGUGUUGUAAAUUAUUUUAUUGAUCUGUGUGUGAUAAACGAAAAAGUGAGGAGAAGACAGGAAAAAAGAAAAUGGGACUUCGCAUAUUAAACUUACACUUUGGAAUCGUUUGGUAAGCUAUUUACGGAUAUUCUACUGUAGUACGAUGUGAAACAGUAUUUGUAUCUUCGGAAUUAAUUUUUUUUUUAUAACUUUUUAUUUCUAUAAAUAAUUUACUUUUUGUCAAAGAUCUUUUUUUACUUGAGAAAAAAAAUUGAUCAACUCUAUCCUAUCUAACUGUAAGAUCUCGAACUUUUGUUACGACGACAAAAUUACCAUCAACCUCUGCUAUCUUCAUCUAAACUAUCUCUGCUCAGAGGUUGAUUAACUAAUCAUAUUUAUGAGUUACUGAAAUACUCGCGAUAAGUUUACGAAAAUUGUGCUUUUUGGUUUAGAUCAUUAUUUAUUUAUUUUUUUCACAAUUCUGAAAUUAACCUGGAGUCUGUACGUCAGUUAGCCAAAAAACCUCGAAAAAGGGAGCAAACUUGAUUGAAAAACUAAAAAGAAAAGCUACAGAACAAGUCAAUUGGUUGUCGAAACAUCGUUGGUUCAAAUUUGAACCGAACAAACGCUGCCAGAAUAGUGGCUUCUAAUUCAUAUUUCACAAAAAACGUAUACAUAUUACAGGGCGCUAUAAAUGAUUGAACGUAACGUCAUGUAAUAGAAGGAAUUUAUCCUAGAAUUUGAGUAAGAAGGAUCUCAAAGAUGGUGCAACGGUUUAAUUUUUCAUCAAAGUCCAAUACCUUUGUAUCGUAUAGAUAUGUAUACCAGUGGGUGUUCGGAAUAAUAGGCUAUACCUUCAAACCUUAGAAGUAACAUACAAUACAGUUCUAAAGUUCAAUAUUUACUUUAGCAUGAUCAAGUAAUCGGAAACGAACGUUUAAAUAAUAAUACUAACCUUUGGAUUUCACGGAAUAAUAUCAUAUAAAAAGUGUCAUUUCUCAUUGCUAUCAACAAAGGUUCUAACUUUAUUCCGUAAUUAUCUAAAGCGAACACGUUGUCAAAGCAUUCCGCUUCAGUCUUCGUUUGUAACUUAAAAAUGUUUACCGGUUAAUAACGAUGUAAAAAUUGGAUGUUUCAAAUUCGUAAUCCUAUACAUAUACAUUUUACGAACAUAUAUAUAUUUGAAUAUAUAUAUUUUUUUCUGUUCUUUGUUCACACUAAUCUGCCUAAAUGUAAUCGAUAGAAGAUAAAUAAUUAAUGUUAUACGAAAAUAACGGAUAUUCUUUGCUGGAUCAUUGUUGGCGGUUUCACUCUCCAUUGUUGCUCAAACUUUUUGUCCACUAUCCGUCAUUGAUACCUCAUGUUUCUACGGUAUGCUCCCAGGGAUAUUCAACUUACUUUGGAGUUGAUUUUUUUCAACAAAAACUCGCCCAUAACCAUCAUCCCACAGCGUGGAACGAGCAUUUUGUUUCCUUCUUUGACGAGCGAAUACUCCAACAGUUCACCAGCAAUUCCCGUGCUUCUAAAAUUUGGGGAGAGAAAAAAUCUCUCGUAUACCCAUGUAUCUACUAAUAGAUAUCGACUUCAAACUGCCAGUAUCUUCUAUUUUUCAAAACUUUGCUUGAGUUCAAUAAGUCGUUAGAUUGAAGUUCACCUCGAUCGAAUGAAAAUUUUCAAUUCUGUUUGCAGUAUGAUGUUGUCGCUUUAUUACCGUUACAAUAACAGAUGGUAAUUUCUUGAUACGCUUUUGUCUUUAACAAAUGGAAAGUAUCGGCAGUUUAUAUUUGAUAUGUAACACUCGCUAAGACUAUUAUUGUGGUAAUGAAUUCUAUAUUAAAAAUAACUACCUAAUAACACCUUAAUCAAUUGUUAAACUCAAAGUUUAGGGUGGUUUUCUAGUAAUAUAUACAUUGUAUUACGCGCAAGAUCAAUGAAAUUUUUGAGCACGAUGAGAUAUAAAACAGAUAUGCGUAUCAUCGAUGAGUCACGUUAAGAGAUGAAUGGAUUUUGAAUUAUGAAAAAAUGGAGGAACUGAAAGAGGGAGAUAAAAACGGAAUAAAUAAACAACUGUAACGAUUGUUUGACUUGAACACUGUACUAGAGAAUCAGCCGGUUAUUUGAGGCUCUAUCAAAGUAGAUUUUGCCUGUGCCUAAAUAUGCAUGCGAUGGAAUCGGCUUCACCGCAGCCGUAAUAAUAUUAAUAAUGUGCUGUUCGAUGUCACUACUUAUAAAAUGAUCAUUGGUUUCUAUGUAUAAUACUAUGGCAGAAAAUUCUCAUGUACCGUGUGAUAAUUCAGAGGGAAUCACGAGGUCUUUGAUCAAAAAAUUUUGUUGGCGCAUUUUAUAAUAGGGAAAACAAACAAAAAAACACUAAUAUCGAGUUAAUCAAUAAAACCAAUUUGGAAUUUGGGUCUGUAAUAUAAAUUUUUUUAUUUACUGACAUUAUUAAUUUGGUGCUUGUUAUAACAAACCAGAUUGUUGGAUAGUAUUUUUCUUCUACGCUCCUCUCUACCUACAUUGUUGGUAAAUUUAAAUCUAAGUUAUAUUUGACAAGACUCAAUAUUUUAUUUGCUAAUUUAAUUCUUUUUUCUAAAUUAGAAACGUGAUUGUUACUAUUAUUAUUAUUAUUGUUAUUACUAUUACUACUAUAGGCAUCAUUUUCCGUACAAGUUUUGUUGCGUAUAUCAUGAAAUGUAAUAUUAGUUCGUCAAUUCUUAUACGGUUAUUUACACGCGUUAAGACUAAUAUAUUUGAAAACAAAAAAAGGAAUUUAUAAAGAUACAUAAGUAUACUGAAAAACAAAAAAAAACUGUAUACAGACUUUAACCGAAGAUUUGUAGCAAGUUUUUGAAGAACUUGUUUGUCUUUGACGAUUGUUUUUUUCGAGGUUGUUCUUAUUGUGUUUGGAUUAAAUAGUUAUAACAUA